AUGAGGCUCGUCUUCAUCAUUCAUCUGGCUCUUGCCAGCUUGGCAAGCGUUGCGUUGGCUCAAGAUGUCUUGUUCCCGUAUAUGCAUGGCCUGAAAUACUCAGAGUAUAAUGAGACUGUCAAGUUGGGGCUAUCAGCCCACGUCUGCAAAGAUGAAGCAGAAUGGUACAACAUGACCACGGCAGACUUUGCCAAAUACAAGGCCAUCAUCAUCCCCGACUGCCUCUGCAACACCAGUCUCAACACCAUCAAGUUCCUAGACGACACGAAAAAGGUAUGGUCCCCGGCCGUGACGGGGAACAUGGUCCUCAUCGGCACCGACCCGUCCUUCCACGCCAAAUGGUUCGGGCUCCCGGGAGCCUAUGCCAUGAUGAAGGACGCCAUCAGCCACGUCACCCUCGGCAACAAGAACGGCACGGGCAUGUACUUCUCGCUCUCGUGCUACUAUCAGAGCAACUCCAGCCAGAUGGCUGUCCAGUCUCUGUCCGAGAUCGGAAACUUCCAGGUCCGGGGCAACCUCAGCCACCCGUGUCUGAACGACGCCCAUCUCGUAGCCACGUCCGACGUCAUGACCUCAUUGAACGACGGCAUAGCAAGCGACUGGAACUGCAGUGUCCAUGAGGUGUUCUCGGACUACCCUCGGGAGGGGUCCGGUGGCUUCAAUGCGUUGGCCGUCGCCGUAAACGCCUCCGGCCCGGGGCAGCAGGAGUUUGCUGACGGCACCGUGGGCAUUCCGUACAUUAUUGCGCGUGGAGCAACUCCUGUUGGGUGCGGAAACAAUGUGACGGACACCAAGUUCCAUGAGCAGUGCGAUGAGGGCAAGGCAAACGGUACUCCGGAGAGUCUUUGCUCGGCGUCGUGCAAGUGCAUCUAUGGCAUGAUCAGUCCCGGAGUGUGUCGUCCCAAGGACAACACCAUAUCGACGACUACCAGUAACGCAUCAAGUUCCACGGUCUCUACCAACUCUAGCACUUCACUCCCUGCAAACUCAACCUUCUCUCGGCCCGUUGUCACAGUCACGGCAUCGCUCCCUUCAAGCAGCGUGACGGGAAAUCUUACCUUUACCAAUUCCUCCAGCACUCGGAAGCCCACCGGGCCGGAAAACGAUCCCAUCACGGUGACCGUCUUUCCCUCCAGUCCCAGCUCACCUUCGAGUGCUCCACCGACAAUCACCGUAACUCCUUUGCCUGCAUCUGCGCCUGCCUCAGCUGCUGCUCCGAACAACAGCACGAGUAUGACCUACGGCAACGGUACCAUGCCGCUAGAGCCUCCUCAUCCUCCUCCAACGGUAACUGUCUUUCCUCCAGAAGCCCCAUCAGGAUCACCACCGGAAACCGUCACGGUUCUGCCACCGACAUUCACUCUGAGGCCUCCUCCGCCAGAAGAUCCAUCAGGAUCACCACCCGGAACCGUCACCGUCGAGCCAUCAUCUCCGUCCAACUCUGGUGGCUCACCAUUACCAUCACCAUCAGGUUCAGGUCCAGUCACCGUCACAGCUCUCCCGCCCUCUGAAUCCGGCAAUGGGACUUCUCCACAAAGUUCCGACUCUCCGUCCUCAUCAAGCCCUGUAUCAGGACCCGUCACGGUUACAGCUUUACCCCCAUCUAUCAGCGGCGCUCCUCCGUCUUCAAUGCCCUCACAGGCAGGCAAUUUUUCGUCCCCAUCGUCUCAAUCAAGCAGUGGUUUGGCGCCCAGCGGGCCCGUUACUAUCACUGCUUCCGGCUCCGGUCGACCCAAUAGUAGUAAUGCACCCCCAUCGUCGGAGACAGCUACGGCUGAUCCUGGUAUGGGAUUCUCGAGCAGUUCUCCUGUGGGAUCAGCAUCUGGACCUGGCACUGCCACUGGAGGGCUUCCAGGCUCUCCUUCCUCUUCUGGUCCACAGUCGGGAGUACCACCAGUCACGGUGACGGCGCAGCCGCCCGUGUCCUCCCAGCCACCAGGAGGAGGCUCUCUUUCAGAUAUCCCAGGUUCCUCAGGUUCUGCCUCGCCGUCAAAUUCGCCCGGCAUGUCCAGUGGUAUACCCAGUACUUCUGGUGAUCAGGUGACGGUGACAGCUCAACCCCCGGCUCAAAGCAGUGUGCAGCCGUCGUCUGGUGGAGGUAGUGGUAGUGGUGGCAGUGGUGGCAGUGAUGAUAAUCAGGGAUCAUCGUCUUCUCAGCCUAGCGGAUCAUCUCCAUCCAGUUCAGGUUCGGGCCAGACUACGGCUCCUCAAUCAACGGUGACAGUUGUUCCCAUCGCCAGUGGCGAGCCUGAUACAGAGGGACCCAACACGAGUGGGAACCCCGGAGCAGUGCCACCAUCCAGUAGCCUGGUCACUGCCACAGACUCUGGUCAAUACCCGUCCAGCACCAGCGCGGAUAUCCAAACAGCCUCGGGAGACCCUAUCUCCGCAAGUUCAUCAUCUGAAGCUGGAGCCGGAGCCGGAGCCGGAGCCGGAGCUGGAUCUGGGACAGCAUCCCAACUUUCGUCUACUCGCCCGCCGUUCAGCAACCAAACCGCCACCUUCACCUCCUCGGGAACACCUGUAUCGUCCUUGCCCGGCAGUCAGACAACAGGAGAUUCUGGCUCAUCUCCAGGGGAAGGCUCUCUGAGUACUGCCACUGCUACCCCUAUCCCUGUAUCUGGAUCAGAUACCGCGACUAUGGGCGGAAGUAGCAGCUCGGCUGGCGGUGGUAGUGGCAGCGGCAAUGGUAGCGGAAGUGGUAAUUCUGGUUCAGCAACUGGGUCCGCACAAGCUCCCGGGGGAACAGGAACGGGCAACCUUUCUAAUGGCAGUUCAGGAGCGGGUGGUUCACUCACGUUGGGUCCCUCAGGGCCCAACAGCAGUGGACAGCCUGUCAGUGGUACUGCGUCUGGUGCACCCUCAAAUAGUCUGUCGUCAUUGACUUCGGGGUCACCCAUAUCUGGGUCAGGAUCUUCUGGGGGUCAGUUAACAGCCACUUCUGUAUCUGGUUCUGCAUCAGCUACUACUUUGCCCGGCCUUCCCUCUGGGGGGCUUUCGACGCAAGAUCCAGCUAACACUCACCCAGGCUCUGCCGUAUCUACAGGCCAAGCGGGCAGCGAAACAGGGAGUGGUGGUGAGGCUUCUCACACAGGGCCACUUUCUGCAUCAGGGACAGCACCAGGAUUCUCUUCUUCUUCUUCUCCUGCUGCAGUAAACGGGACCAACACAACAGGUAGUCCUUCGUCAGUGUCAACCGUUGCUGGAUCGGGUGGUACUGGGACGGGCUCCCCGAUAUCCUUGGGAUCCGGUGUUACUAGUCCGUUCCCGACCGCAACUCCCGUAAAUUGUGAUAAGUGGAUUGGUGUUGAGAUCAUUUAUAUGAUUGAGGAGAUCGAGGUGUGUCCUGAAGGGGCGACGGUGAUACCAGUCACAACGACAACCACCUCAUGUACUGCCACCAUGACCCGGUCCAUCUGCCAGACUUCAGCAACGAACCUCCCAUGUUACCCUUGCAUCAUGGGAACUCCUGCCUCGUCUGAUCAUUCCUUCACUGUCACUAGGACGUCGUGCACAACAGCAACGGAGCCUACCGUAACCGUCACCAUCCAGCCAUGCAGCACCUGCACGACAUCGACUUACACUGGAACUGUUCCCGGACACACGCCGGGAGGCCCUUGCCAUGCAUGCAGUUCAUACGGCGAACCAGAUGCUACCUCAACGGUAACAGUGAUUGACCCGGGUGUUGGUCGUCCUUCUUCCGAGGUUUGGUUCUCGGCGCUCAACCCAACAACCAUUGUGACGCGAACCGCAGGACCGGCAGCAAGUGUUAGUAGUGAGUCGCAAUGUACGACAUCGACUAUUGUUGGAGUAGGUGGCGGGUACCCAGGGCCAGGACCGGCAGUAUCGGUACCGGGAACAUCACCGGCUAUUGUCCCGAUUCAUACCGAUCCUCCCACACCUGGUGGCGGAAAUGAGCACGACCCAGCGGGGUAUACUUACGGUCCUCCCCCUCCUCUUGAUGAUCCUCAACCUUCUGGUUCCGCACCGGGAGUAGGGGGAGGGCCGGGGGCAGGGGGUGGAGGAGUGUCAACUGGUGACUCACAUGGGCCCGCCACGACUCCCACAACACCGGCGCCAACACCGGACCCGGAUCCGGUGGUAGUCACCAAUACAGCUGUCCCGUACCGCCCGACAACUGCGGCCGGGCCAGACUAUAGUCCUGUUUUAGCCGGUGCUCCUGGUUCGAAUAUUGAGGCCAGGCGUGCUAGUGCUGGGGUGGUCCUUGGACUACUUGGGUACCUCGUAAUGGUCUUGCUCGGUUGAGCAAAACAUCAGUCACACUGUCUCACACACCCCCACGCUGAAGUGCGGUUCAAUGGAUCUGCGAAUAUGUCAAUAAUGUUGUAAUGAGAUGGAGAUGAGGGGAUUUCAUGUUCCUGUUAUUCAGAAGCGAGGCGAAGCGAGGAAGCAUGCAUACGUACUGGUGGAUACGGCUGUAUGGAAAACAUCAUGGAGAAACAAAAAAGU